GUGUCCCUCCGACACACAGCUCUUCCUUCCGCCGCACCGCUAGUUAAAGAGCGCAGCCAGAAAGAAAAUAGAGAGAGAAACAGACACAGCAAGAGAGAGAGAGAGAGAGAGAGAGAGAGAGAGAGAGAGAUUUUCACUGAAGGUUUCGAGUAGAUUUUUGUUCCUCUUCGUGUCUGUAGCUCUGGAUCCAUUUGAUCCUUACAGUUUGGGAAGAAGUGGAAUUUGAAUUUAGUUCAUCUCCUCUUGAUACUAAUCAGAUCUACUUUGACAGUUAUUUAAACGUGAGAUUGGAUUGUUCUUCGAAUAUCAGACGCAUUUUACCUAAUCGAAGUUUUCCUGGGAACCUGUGGAAGUUCGUAUACGUCUUUUAAGGUCGACAAGAUUUUUCAAGAGAAGCGCAGGUGGAAGGAAACCUUUGGAAUUGUGCAGUGAGGUGGAAAUUCAGGGAAGGAAAAACCGCUUCACUGAGUGUCUCGUUCACAAAAGAGGUGGAAAUUUGAGGUUUCUGCAAGCAGGCGAGUGGUGUCGUUGCAGUUGGCUUUGAAAUUUGAGUCCGAGGAGGUGUGUUUGAAGGGAGGAUUUUUAGUUUUUUUACCUCAAUAGAGAAGGUGAAUAGAGAAGGUGAAUGUGCCUCCGAUCUCUGGUCGGAGGCGUCGCUCUCAGGAUUUAAGUUCUACGUAUGAGAGUGGAGGAUAUAAUCUCUUGGGAGGAUUCAAUCUCUGAGUCUCACUAUAUUCCAUACCGUACUUAAUUUUUUUCCGGUUAUUCUUGAAGAUCUGAAAUUCUGUAAAGCAGAAUUGUUUCCACCGAAGUAGAGAGAGAAAGAAUUUAGCCAUUUUUGGAACAAUUUCUGUGGAAGACAUCUGUUUCGGUGGAAUUAGGGUCUAAUUAUUGGAAAUUCAGCAUCUGCGACUAGUUGACUUGGGAAGCUGAGUCUGAAACUCCAGUUCUCAGAGGUAGAAAUUAACGAAGGAGAAGAAAAUCUGUUCCAAGAAGUACAGAAAACUCUAUAUCAUAGAUCAACCAGUGGCAGUGGAUGGAGCUUCCUCAACCUCGCCCCUUUGGAACCGAAGGUAAAAAACCGACACAUGAUUUCCUUCCACUGUACAUUCAUUCUUUCCAGCACCAAGAUCCAAAGCCUACUUCUGGGAUUUACCUUAAAACGCAUGAUUUCCUGCAACCACUGGAGAGGGCAGGGAAGAACGAAGCAGCAAAGGGUGAAAACACAGUGGAGAAUAUGAAAACGUCCACAGUAGUUGAAAAGAUGCCUUCUUCAUCAACGGCGUCGGUGGAAAAUGUACUCCCAGGGGGAAUUGGCACUUACAGUAUAAGUCACAUUUCCAAUUUUAGUCAAGGAGUUGCGAAGCCUGAAAGGAGUGUAUAUUGUACAGAGAGAAACGGGGAAGCUAGCAAAUCGAACUCUGAUGGUAGCUUUUACAGCAACGGAGGCGCAUUUACGUUGUGGGGAGAGUCUGUGGUGAAGGAGAACGGAACGACAGUGAAGGAUAAUGCCGGAGAAAAACACGUCAUAAAAGUGCCGGCUGAGAAGUUGGGCCCUUGGUUGUCAGAGCGGGCAUCGCCGUCCCCUUUCAUCCAUCGCAACAGCUUCAGCUCUCAGUCAUCCUCCAAGUAUACUACGGGGCAGAAGAGUCAGAGCUUCAUGGAGAUGAUGAUGAAAUCUGCCAGGGUUCCUCAAGAAGAGGAAGAAGACGACGAUGAGGAGUUUGUUAUCCAGAAAGACGGUCCCUCCCAGAAAGGGAAUUCAACUCUAAAAAUCGACGGCAAGAGCCCCACCGAUCAAAAGCCUGUCACACCACGAUCAAAGCAUUCUGCAACAGAGCAGCGUAGAAGGAGCAAGAUUAACGACAGAUUUCAGAUAUUGAGAGAACUUAUACCCCAUAGUGAUCAGAAGAGAGAUAAGGCAUCUUUCCUAUUAGAGGUCAUUGAGCACAUUCAGUUGUUACAGGAGAAGGUACACAAAUAUGAACAAUUAUGUCCAGGAUGGAAUCCAGGGCCUACAAAGUUGACACCAUGGAGAAAUAGCCAUGGUCCUGGAGAAAGUAUGAUUGAUCAUCCACAAGCCAUGAAGAAUGGUCCUGGUCCGGGUUUAAUGUUUGCUGGAAAAUUUGAUGAUAAUAAUGUUGCGAUUGCCCCUACCAUGCGUCCAAAUGCACAGACUGUCGUUGAAUCUGAGCUCAGCACUGUUGCUGCGUACAGACCAAUGGAUCAUCACCCUGGCCUGGCAAAUAAGUCGGUAUCCUUGUCUAUUCCUAUGCAGCCGAACACAUUCACUUCUGUUGGACAAAGUGGUGGGCAUACCCAACUGCCAUUGAGACCAGUGCCAGAUGCAGAAGAGAUGUCAACUCAGCCCCAAACCAAGUUGUGGCAAAAUAAACCAUGUACGACCACAGUUAAUACACCAAAUGAACAGGAGGAUAUGACAGUUGAAGGGGGAACAAUUAGCAUCUCAAGUGUGUACUCUCAAGGGUUGUUGAAUUCUUUAACCCAAGCACUUCAGAGCACAGGUGUGGAUUUGUCACAAGCUAGCAUCUCAGUGCAGAUUGAUCUUGGGAAGCGAGCAAUUAAUAGACUGGCCAGUAUGACAUCCAGUGCUAAGGAUCACGAAGAGCCAUCUACCAAUCGAGCAAUUGCCCAUUCUAGGGUUGCAAGCAGUGGUGAGGACUCGGAUCGAGUUCAGAAGAGGUUAAAGAUGGAAACAAGCUAGUAGGGAGUUUGUGUGCUUCUGGUCCACAAUACUCGGUGGAGAUCAAUUGUACAUGCUCUGCUCUUACGGUUUGUUGGGACACAUUCUCCUUGCAAACUGGUAGAUAAUUCAUUUAUUUGUAAUUUUCCUCCUCGAAAAAAGGGGCUUCUACAGAGAUUUUUAGAAGCAGCUUUACUUUCAAGGUUUCCAAUUCAGAUGUUAAGUACUUGUCUGUCUUUACUGUUCUACACAAUUGAAUGUAAGAACUAAUUCUUUAACCAA